AUGGUCAGUGAUAAGACUCUGAUAGCUGCAAUUCAGCAACACUGCAAAGGUUAUAAGCAUCCCCAUUCACUAUCUAUUCCAAAUGCAAUGAAAUUAUCAAAAGACGUUGCACUCCUUCGAACUGUUGUCAGUGUUCUCAAAAAAAGCCCACCACAUCUUAUUAAGGAAAUUAUAUUAGUAGAUGACUACAGCAAUGAUCCUGAGGACGGUGCUGUAUUAGGUAAAAUUGAGAAAGUGAAGAUACUUCGAAAUGACCGCCAGGAAGGUUUGAUGCGCUCUCGUGUUCGAGGGGCAGAUGCAGCACAAGCAAAAGUACUUACAUUCUUGGAUAGUCACUGUGAAUGCAACGAGCACUGGCUGGAGCCUCUCCUGGAGAGAGUAGCCGAGGACAAGACCCGGGUUGUAUCUCCCAUAAUUGAUGUAAUUAAUAUGGACAAUUUCCAGUAUGUGGGGGCCUUGGCUGAUUUAAAAGGCGGCUUUGAUUGGAAUUUGGUAUUCAAGUGGGAUUACAUGACCCCUGAGCAAAGAAGAGCACGACAAGGAAAUCCAGUUGCUCCCAUAAAAACACCAAUGAUAGCUGGUGGACUCUUUGUGAUGGACAAACUUUAUUUUGAAGAAUUGGGAAAGUAUGAUAUGAUGAUGGAUGUAUGGGGUGGAGAAAAUCUAGAGAUUUCAUUCCGUGUGUGGCAAUGUGGUGGGAGUCUUGAAAUCGUCCCAUGCAGCCGAGUUGGUCACGUCUUCCGCAAGCAACAUCCUUAUACCUUUCCAGGAGGAAGUGGAACUGUUUUUGCAAGAAAUACACGCAGAGCAGCAGAGGUCUGGAUGGAUGAGGAAAUAUUAUAG